AUGGAUGCUAAAUUCAGCAAUAAAACGUUAAAAAGUGUCAGUCUACAUAAAAAUUCACAAGCUUCUCAAUCUCGUUCAAAAAUAAUUUUUAUAUUGCUUGGUAUUCUCAUUGGACUUCUUGCUAUUUCAACAGCUGUAUUAGCAGUGAUAUUAGCUAAGAAAAGUCAAACAACAGAAAAAAACGUGGAUAACGAAUUAUGUACAACUCCAUAUUGUGUUAAAGCAGCUAAUUAUUUAAUUGAAAGUAUGGAUGAAAAAGUCGAACCAUGCGAAGAUUUUUAUCAUUUUGUCUGUGGCACAUGGAUUAAAAAUUCUCGAAUACCUGAUGAUGCUGAUGCAAUAAGUACGUUCAAUUUAUUACGAACACAAUUAGAUUACAAUGUUGUCGAUUUAUUAACACCGCCACCUCGUAAUGAUACGAAUGAACCUAAUGCUAUUACGAAUGCUCGUAUAUUAUAUCAUUCAUGUAUUAAUGAACACAAUAUUGAAGACGAAGGCACUGAUUUAAUUCUUUCAUUAAUUAAUCAAGAAUUUGGUGGUUGGCCUAUAUUACAAGGUUCAUCGUGGGAUAAUUCUACAUUUAAUAUAUUGCAGCUUUUACUUAAAAUACGUCAAUACAAUAAUGAUAUCAUAUUUGGUAUAGGUACGUCAAUAGAUGAAAAAAAUUCAAAAGAAUAUGAUAUUGGAAUUGGUCAAAGUGAUCUUGGCUUAGGUCAACGUGAAUAUUAUUCUAAUGAAUCAAAAAAUACUAUUGCUUAUCGACAAUUUAUGUAUGAUUUAGCAACAGCAUUAGCAAGUGAUACAUCAAUGAUUGAAAAAGAUGUCAAUGAUACAUUUGAAUUUGAAAAAGAAAUCGCUAAACAUUAUUGGACAAGUGAUGAACGACGAGGUCGACCAAAUGCAACAAUUCGUACGACUAUUGGCAAUCUUGAGCUGUUAUUAAAUACUAGUUUUAAUUUCAGUGAUUAUUUAUAUUCAGCAUAUUUAUGGGGUGGAGUAACUUUAGUUGAUAAUGAUAUCGUAACUGUAGGUGAACUUGAAUAUUUGUAUAAUGUUUCAUCAAUUAUUGAUCGAACCUCAUCACGUACAUUACAAAAUUAUGUCAUAUGGCGUUUUCUGAUGCAUCGAGUUGAUAAUAUGCCAAAACGAUUUCGAAGUAUAAAAGAAAAUUUUCAACAUGUAUUUCGAGGUACGACAGCUGAAAAAUCACGUACGAUUAUUUGUGGAAAUUAUGUUAAUGGUAAUAUGGGAUUUGCUGUUUCAAAACUUUAUAUUCAAAAAUAUUUUUAUGAUAAUGCUCGAAAUCAAUCAUUUGAAAUGAUUAGUAAUAUUCGAAAAGCAUUUAUUGAUAUGCUUGAACAAUCUCAAUGGAUGGAUGAAACGUCAAAAAAUAAAGCCAUAGAAAAAUAUAUAUUCAGUUCAUCGUAUAUAAGUAAUGUUUUGAAAUUACUUAAAAUAAGAGCGACAGCAGAUUUUCGAGUUCUUCGAAAACAAGUUAAUCGUAAAGCAUGGGGUUUUAGUGCACCCACUGUUGUGAAUGCUUUUUAUGCACCAUCAAAAAAUCAAAUAACUUUUCCAGCUGGUAUUCUCCAAAUGCCAUUUUUUGAUAGAGAUGCACCAAAAUACCUUAAUUAUGGUGGAAUUGGGGUAGUUAUUGGACAUGAGAUUACUCAUGGAUUUGAUAAUAGUGGUCGUCAAUUUGAUAAAGAUGGAAAUCGAAUUCCAUGGUGGACUGAUGAAACAAUACAAGAAUUUAAUAAUCGUAAAACAUGUAUUGUUAAUCAGUAUAGUAAUUAUACUGUACCACAGAGUAAUAUCAAGGCAAAUGGAAAUAAAACACAAGGUGAAGACAUUGCUGAUAAUGGUGGAUUGCGUGAAGCGUUUUUUGCUUAUCAAAAAUGGGCAAAAGCUAAUCCAAAUACUGAUCAAAAACUCCCAGGUCUUUCAAAAUAUACACCUGAGCAAAUGUUUUUUAUUAAUUAUGCUCAUACAUGGUGUUCAAAAAUGACUGAUUCAUAUACACAGAAUCGUGUUUUAUCAGAUGUUCAUUCAUUAGGACAAUUUAGAGUUAUUGGUCCAACAUCAAAUUUUGUUGAAUUCGAUCGAGUAUUUAAUUGUCGACCUGGUCAAGGAAAUAGUCGAGUACAAAAAUGUAUUGUAUGGUAG